GAGAAUCCCGGACGAGAGCCAGGCACAUUUGAGACUUGGAUCUCACCGAAGACCGCCACAGAUUCCUGUGCAGCAAUGUCGGUGUUAGAAGAAAGCCGACCAUUUGCUCAACAGUUAUCCAAUGUCUACUUUACAAUACUUUCACUUUUCUGUUUUAAGCUUUUUGUGAAAAUCAGCCUUGCCAUCCUCAGUCAUUUCUACAUCGUGAAAGGCAACCGCAAGGAAGCGGCAAGGAUAGCAGCUGAAUUUUAUGGAGUAACCCAAGGACAAGGUUCCUGGGCAGAUCGUUCACCACUACACGAAGCGGCAAGUCAAGGUCGCCUCCUUGCUCUGAGAACAUUAUUAUCACAGGGUUAUAAUGUAAAUGCAGUCACCAUAGACCAUGUCACCCCAUUGCACGAAGCCUGCCUUGGAGAUCACGUGGCGUGUGCCAGAACUCUCCUGGAAGCUGGAGCUAAUGUAAAUGCAAUCACAAUAGAUGGUGUGACUCCAUUAUUCAAUGCCUGCUCACAAGGCAGUGCAAGCUGCACAGAACUGCUUUUGGAAUAUGGUGCCAAACCCCAACUGGAGUCAUGUCUUCCUUCUCCCACACAUGAGGCCGCCAGCAAAGGUCACCACGAAUGUCUGGAAAUACUGAUAUCCUGGGGCAUAGAUAUUGACCAAGAUGUUCCUCAUUUAGGAACUCCUCUGUAUGUAGCUUGCAUGUCACAGCAAUUCCAUUGUAUCCGGAAGCUUCUUCAUUCUGGUGCUGAUGUACAGAAAGGCAAGUAUUGGGACACACCAUUACACGCUGCUGCUCAACAGUCCAGUAUGGAAGCUGUAAACUUACUGCUAGAAUUUGGAGCAGAUAUCAAUGCCAAAAAUACAGAGCUUCUGCGACCUGUAGAUGUAGCUGCUUCUAGCAGUUUGGUGGAAAGAUUAUUGCUUCAGCAUGAAGCAACCCCAAGCUCCCUUUGCCAACUCUGCAGACUCUGUAUCAGAAGCUACAUAGGAAGACCACGGUUACACCUUAUCCCACAGCUCCAGCUGCCAACAUUAUUGCAGAAUUUCUUACAGUACCGAUAGAGCAGUAAGAUAAUUAUAAAUACUUUGAAAAUCAAAAAUUUCUAUUUCAUCUGCCUAGCGUAUAUUUCAUAUUAAAAUAUGCAUAAGAUAGAGUAAAAGUGAGUAUGAGAACACCCAGGGAAGAAGUGAAAUAUCAAUUUUAAUUUUAAGUGUACUAGUGGGUACUAUUGUUUUAUGCAUUUUUAUUGUUUUUGACUAUCGUGUAUUUAAUAUAUCUACAUAUUAUUAUUCCCAUAUACCUUUUUGUU